GUGAGCGAACAGCAAACCUCUCUAUAGGUCACUCAAUGGAGUGACUCUCUCGUUUGUGGACACCAGUUGCUUGAAAUCUGGCGGCUUUCCACUAAGUGAUUAGCAAAGGCGAAGAACGUCAAAAUGAAGCUGUUCGUCUUUGCCUUCGUGUCAUGCUGCUUGCUAGGUUUCGUUGCAGCGAUGUGCGACGACUACGAGGUCGCAUAUGCCAUGGAUAAGUGCAGCGCAAGAAAUAAACAGGAAUACGAACUCGUUGUCCCAAAACCCGGAGAUUCGAGUCCUGAGGCGCAUAAAUUCUUCUGCUGCAUGUUGGAGCUUGACAAACGCUGCAUGUCGGAUCUACUGAAAGGAAAAGGAUGUGAAAAUGAUAUUAAUCUAUUUUUGGAGGACCAGAAGGAGAACAUGAAGGAUCUGUUUGGAACAUCGAAAUGCCAUUUUCAAUGCAAUAACAAGAAAAGUGCUGGUCGCACAACACAUCUGCCAUGGACUCUGGCAACUGUGGUCUCCAUGACGUCGAUCAUCAAACUUGCCACAUUUUAGGACCAGUGAUCUCUAACUCGUCCUGGAUUCUGAGGCAUCUAUUGUUAUUUUUAUGAUUCAUCAUCUUAAAACAAAGUUGUUGUUGUUGUUGUUUAUGAUUAUCGUCAAUUUUCAGUUUUAUCAUUCAGUUAUUCAGCAAAAAUGAUCACGUUGAACCUGGAUGUGUGAACACCAUAUUGCCACAAAUAGUUUCAAUCUGAUUAUGGUGAUAUUGAAUGCUGAUGAUAACGCUAGGGAAGAAACUUUCCGCAGCACUUCUUAAUGUACGAUAUUUUUUCUCUCGCUUACAAAUAACAAACCGGCACAUCACAUUAUUAUGUUAAAACAACACUAAGGAGCCAUCAGAGUGUUACGUUUAUAUGGGUUUAUAUGUCCGUCCGUACAUCUUUGGGCGACCACGCACAGCGCUACAUGAUCUCGUAGUAUGUAGAAGAGCAAUAUGCAAGUAUUCGGCGAUAGAGAUUCACAGCAGAAAGAAGACGGUCGAGAAUUGUCUCAACGUAUGUGGUUGAGAGGAUCUAAAUUUUAAUCGGACUAGAAUUUCGUGCAGAAGGCUGCACUCCUUCAGGUCUGAAGAAGUGAAGAAGUGAACCUGACCUUACCUGACAGUGACCUGAAGAAGUGUAGUUUUUCACUUCUUCAGACCUGAAGAAGUGCAGCCUUCUGCACCAAAGUCUCGUCUCACUAAGAUUUAGAUGCUCUCAACCGCUACAUGAUCGCCAGACUAUAUUUUCAAAAGCAGAUUCGGUGAGCAAUAUUGCAUGGGAUAGCCUAUCAAAGCUAACACACGCAAAUACGUUUAGCCAAUACCCAAAUAUUGUGCCAAUAUUACUCAUACUUAGCGAUGCUCAAGUAAUUAAGUA